CCCCCUUCCUCACCACCCUCACCCCCUUCCUCCUCCCUCACCCCUCCUCACCACCCUCCUCCACGGCUCACCAACACCGUACAGGAGGAGUCCCAGCCGCGUCCUUCGUCUGCACGGACAAGACGAGUCUCCCCUUCCUCCCUCUCCUCCCCAAGCCCCCUGCGUGUCGAGUUGCGGCGUCGAAGUCUCUCUGCUCCCUGCACGAGUUCGUGGGUGCCGGUCGCCGCAUCUCUGCCGGACACGAUGGCUGCCGGAGUGGUACGUGUGGUGCAGAGGCUGAGGGAGACCCUGGAGGAGCACAGAGACUCUAUCGACCUGUCUGCGUGCGAGAUGACGACCGUGCCCGUGGCGGUGAACGUGAUGCUGGCGGAAGUCGCGGACGACGUCCGGGUCGCAUCUCUGGCCGACAACAUGCUCAAGUCGCUGCCCAGAAACUUCCUAAGCACCUUCUCCCGCCUGCAUGAGCUGCACCUGCAGGGCAACCAACUCAAGUCGCUGCCGGAUGCGGUGGCCUCCCUGACCGAGCUGCACUUCAUCAAUAUCUCCAGGAACUGCUUUGUGACCUUCCCGGAUACCCUCACCGCCACGCCGAGCCUGCGCUCCAUCGACGUGUCCCACAACUCCCUGCAGGAGCUCCCCGCGGAGAAGCUCGCGGCCAUGCCCUCCCUCGCGACGCUGAUCGUCACCGCGAACCCCCUGGCGCAAGACGCCGUGGGCUCGCUGAGCCUGCUGACGGACACCCUGCGAGUGACGAUGGCGCCUCCGGAGGAGCACAACGGCCGCGGCGGCGAUCGCGAGACGAGCGCCGGCGGCGACUCGGCCGCUCGUGACGAGGCCCGCCGUGCCGCUGACGUCGUUGCCGCUGACCGCUGCCCUUCCCAGAGUGACCGCCCCCACCUCCCGCUGCCUCCGCCCCCACCGCCCCCACCCCCCCUACCACCCAUUCGCCCCAGGCCGGAGUGAAUGGUCCUCCUCGGCCAGGCGGUCGGCAACCUGCAGCGGCGGAGCCGCGUGCGGCUCUUUAAGGGCUGCAGUGCGGCUCUCGGCAUUCGAAAAAAAAUGUGUUAUUUUGGUUGCCGAUCUCUUACCAUGGUAGUCCAGUUCACCAUGGUAGUCCAG